CGUGUCUUUUUCUUUUUUCCUUAAAGAACGAAGGUACGAAGAACUCUGGUGGGUGCCCUACAGUGUGAACAAUGAUUGCGACGAUUUUUUCAAUUCGCUUUACAAAACCCUAGAAAACCCCGCGGAAAAAUCGGUAAUCCAGAGGGGAAGACAAUUUCUCGAUCCACGCAGAUCCCAAUUGCCCACCACCGUCAAGAACACUUUAGUCUUCUGUCUUCUUCCUCACCUGGUAAAAUCAUCAAACACCUGACCUGCAAUUCUGUGCUCGUCGUUAUAUCACCUGUGAAAGAUAUUGACUUUUCUUGUGAUUUGCUUAUGUGGGUGUUGCGUCUCUCGGUUUUGCUCUAGUGGGGUUUUGCCCUUUGUGAAAUCUUGGUCGUAUUUGACGGCUUUGCUGAGAAUUGAGGCAAGAAGAUUUGAUGAUCUAGGCCAGAGGAGAGUUUGAUUGCUGGGGAUUUUGUUAAAGAUUAAACAUUUUUACAGAGGGGUUUUGUCUGGUUUAGGAUUCUGAAGAAAUCUGUGGUCUUGAAGUGAAAAUUGAGUUUUCGUUUAUCUGAUCUUCUUUAAGGUUUUGACUUGAGUGAGGGGGCUGAAUAUAUUCCAAGAUUUUGUAUUUUAAUCAUGGAUGAAGCUUCCAAUGGUUUGCCUCCUUUCCUUGUCAAGACGUAUGAAAUGGUGGAUAAUCCUUCGACCAACCGUUUUGUCUCUUGGAGUCAGAGCAACAAAAGCUUCAUUGUUUGGAACCCGCCAGAGUUUUCGAGGGAACUCUUGCCUAGAUACUUUAAACAUAACAACUUCUCCAGUUUCAUCAGACAGCUUAAUACUUAUGGCUUUAGUAAAAUUGAUCCAGAGCAAUGGGAAUUUGCAAAUGAUGAUUUUGUUAGAGGCCAGCCACAACGUCUGAAGAACAUCCACAGGCGCAAACCAGUUCACAGUCACUCUGCACAGAAUCUUCACGGUUCAUCUCCUUUAACUGAACCAGAACGCCAGCGGUACAAGGCUGACAUCAAAAAGCUGAAUCAUGAAAAGGAAUCGCUUCUAUUGGAACUUCAAAGACACAAGCAGGAACACCAGGGACUUGAGUUGCAAAUGCAAGCGUUGACCGGUCAAUUGCGGCAUUUAGAACAUGGCCAAAGGAGCAUGUUAUCCUCCUUAGCUGAACUGUUGGAUAAGCCAGAGCUAGCAUUGAGUCUCAUACCCGAAAUGGGACUGCCUUAUAGAAAGAGAAGGCUUCCAGGAAACAAUCACCUCUAUACUGAAACUGACAAUCAACUAACAGAAAACAUUAGUCCAACUUCCCUUCCUUUGCUGAACAAGGAGUUGUUUGAUCAGUUAGAGUCAUCUUUGAUCUUCUGGGAGUCUAUGUUACUAGACAUUGGCCAAACAGUGACAGUCCAAGAGAUUUCGGAAGCCGAAUUGGAUGAAUCUACUAGUGUUGCAGAUAGCCCUGCCAUAUCGUAUGCACAACUAAACGAUGACGUGGAACCCGCCAAGACUACAGGAAUCGACGUGAAUGCCGAUCCAAAUGCAAAUCCGGUUUCAGAUGUUGGCCCAGACAAAGAGCCUGAAACAGCACAAGGGAUUGCUCCUAGCACACCAAAAAGAGUAAAUGACUUAUUCUGGGAACAAUUCCUUACUGAGAAUCCUGGUUCAACCGAUGCACCAGAGGUACAAUCAGAGAGGAAAAACCUUGAGGGAAGAAAAAAUGAAAACGUAGUAAUCGACCAAGAGAAGUUUUGGUGGAACAUGAAGAGUGUAAAUAACCUUUCCGAACAGUUGGGACAUCUUACUCCGGCAGAGAGAACCUGACUCGGUAGGUUUUGUAAUAUUCUUUUAGUGCUUUUCUAUGUUUCUCUGUUUGACAUGUUCUGGCUUGUAUACUAGAUAGAGAUUUGUUUCAUCGUAUCAUAGACGUGUGUGUGUGUGUAUAUAUAUAUAUAUAUAUAUAACCACUUGUGCUUUCUGUGAAUCUUAUAGAAACUUGCUACCAUUAGGCUUCUAGUGUAUGGCUUUAUGUUCAUUGAUAGUGAAUAAUGGAUGACCAUUUCU